AUGUCAGUGAAAGAUUUUUCAUGUGGGUUCAAGGUCGAAGAUACGAAAAAACUAUUCAAAUCUCUUCCCAAAAGAUGCGCCAAGUAUCGAAAUCCUGUGAACCUGUGCUGUGCGAUUCACAAAGAUUGUUAUGGACUAGGAAAAGGAAAGAAUUACUGCGAUAGCGAGUUGUGUAGCUGCAUCAAAAGAAUUCCCAUAAGCAGAAGAAAAUGUGAAGUCCCUGUGAAUAAAAGCUGCACUUACGUGCGAAGCCAUAAAGGCGAUUAUAAUGCUACAACUUUAGACACCGACUGGGACAAAGAAAUUUUUACUUCAAGAACCAGAGAUAAUCUUGGACUCGGAAGUUCGAAACUCCUUCUGAUUGUUUCUGAGGAAUGCUACGAAGUACCAUGUAAGGAAUUGUUAUCUUGCAUCAUAAUAGUCGGUCUUACUGCACUAUUACCUAUAAGAAUCAGCUUGCCAUUUUCGGACAAAGAGGAAGAGGAAACUCCAUCUAAAUCGCCUGCGAAGAAAUUGAUGGCAACCCCCAAAACUCCAUCAGCUGAAGGAUUGAAAGGCUCUGCUGAGUCUCCGGAUCUAGCCAAACAACCCGGGAGCCACGAACGGUCCAAAGACUCUGCCGAAUCUCCUGACCUAACCAGACCGGCUGAGAGCCGUGAACGAAGUAAACGCUCUGCUGAGUCUCCGGACAAGCCCGGGAGUCAUGAACGAAGCAAACGGAGUGGAUCGCAUGAGCCUGCCGAGCCACCGAAACGAGAAUCAGCUGAGAAAAUGGAUCGACAUACCGGAGAAAAUUUGCACCAACCUUUUCCACCUCCAGUUUCACCUGUGUUCCAUACCGGUGAUCCAUAUUUCCCACAUCCAUCUCCUGGGCCUUCUCAUCCGUUUGAGCAUGGCUCACUUGAACCGUUUAAGCAAGAAGACUACCGACAAAGGGAAAUAUAUGAACCACGAUUACCAGACGUAAAUUUCUUCGACUUGCCGAAGCUUGAAAAAGAAAAUAAGAAGAAAGAAACUGAAGCGAAAAAGAAAAAUGUCGAAAUGAAAGGGAAAAAGUCGCCAGCUAAAGUUGAGAAGAAAACAGGAAAGAAGUCCGCCGAAAAACAGCGGAAUCGAAAGAUCGCUAAAGCGCUGGCAUUAUUCGGUAAAGGAAAGAAGAAAUAG